CCGUUAGGGGGCGUGGUUUAGCGGUGUUGCCGUCGGGGGAGUGUUUUAUCGGUGUUGUCGUUAGGGGGCGUGGUUUAGCGGUGUUGCCGUCGGGGGUGUGGCUUAUCGGUGUCGUCGUUAGGGGGCGUGGCCUGCGGCGGUGUCGUUAGGGGGCGUGGCCUCGUUGUGGGCUCCCCCCCCAGCCUGGGCGCUUAUAUAGGCCGGCGGAGAGACAGGCGGGCGGACGGGCGGCCCCUAGCGGAGCGAGCGAAGAGCCGAGCCCGGGACCCGCACCGCGGACCUCGAACCCAGGACCCCGGACCCAGGACCCCGGAGCCAUGACUCUCCGCCGGCUCCGGAAGCUGCAGCAGCAGAAGGAGGAGGCGGCGGGCGGGCCGGACCCCCCGGGCCCCCCGGGCCCCCCGGGCCCCCCGAGCCUCCCGAGCCCGGAGCCCGACCCGGGGGCGGCCCCGGAGCCUCCGGCCCCCACGGAGGAGCUUUACGCGUCCCUGGAUGACUGCCACCCGGCAGAGCUCUACCGGGCCCUGGCCGUGUCCGGGGGGACACUGCCCCGCCGCAAGAGGUCUGGACCCCGCUGGAGGAGCCUCAGCCCGUCCCCGGAGCAGCACCGGAAGCUGCUCACUCUGGAGAAGGAGGAGAAUGAGGCCUUCGGCUUUGAGAUCCAGACCUACGGGCUCCAUCACCGGGAGGAGCGUUGUGUGGAGAUGGUCACCUUCGUGUGCCGCGUGCACGAGGCCAGCCCGGCCCAGCUGGCGGGGCUCACACCCGGAGACACCAUCGCCAGUGUGAACGGACUCAAUGUGAGCGGAAUCCGGCACAGGGAGAUUGUGGAGAUCAUCAAGGCCUCGGGCAACGUGUUAAGGCUGGAGACUGUGUACGGCACCGCCAUCCGGAAGGCAGAGCUGGAAGCGCGCCUCCAGUACUUGAAGCAAACCCUGUAUGAGAAGUGGGGGGAAUACCGCUCGCUCAUGGUCCAGGAGCAGCGAUUGGUACAUGGCCUGGUGGUGAAGGACCCGACCAUCUACGACACGCUGGAGUCCGUGCGUUCCUGCUUGUACGGCGCCGGCCUGCUCCCGCGCUCCCUGCCCUUCGGCCCCAUGCUGGCCUCCAUCGCCCCGGGCGGCGGGGACCCCCGCCCCAACGACGCCGACGAGGCCGUCUAUCACACCUGCUUCUUCGGGGCGGCGGGGACCCCCGAGGCGCCGCCCCCGCCCCCGGCCCGGGCCCCGCCGCUCCUCACCCGCAGCGCCAGCCUCAAGUGCGGGGGCCCCGGCCCGGAGGGCGGGGGGCCCACCGCCACCGCCACCGCCGCCCGCAUCCAACUGUGGCUGGAGCCGCGGGACCCAGGCCCGGCCGGCCCCCGCAAGCCCAAGUACAAGAGCUUCCGUCGCCGCCUGCUCAAGUUCAUCCCGGGACUGAACCGCUCCCUGGAGGAGGAGGAGAGCCAGCUGUAGCCCCGGGGCCGGGACCCUCGUCUAUUUAUUUAUUUAUUCAUUCAGGGCUGCGGGGGCCGGACUGCAGUGCCUUGGGCCUGGCGGGUGGGACGUGGGGGGGACCGGCUUCCUGACACCCCACCCCACCCCCGGCCCCUU